GAAUCUCUUUUUAUUUCCCAUCUUUUCAUUUAGAUCCCAGCGUAUGUGGAUUAGACUGACAAAUAAAUAACCAGACAAACAGGGCAGCUGUUAACAGAAAUCAGUGGAAGCAGUUACAAUGUCUGUUUAUGGCCAGAAUCACUUUACUUGGAAUGGUACUCUGAGAGAUCUGCAUGGCAGCUAUACAGGCUUCUGCACAGGACGAGGUCGACCAAGUAUGACGGCCACCUUAAGCUCCUCCAGCGGCUUAGAGGUCCUCCUUUCCACUCUGCAGAAUGUAGGGGAUGUGGAGAGCACCUUAAAUAUCCUCAGUGUCUUGGAUGAACUUCUGUCAGCUGGUACAGAUGGGCGCAUCCACUAUAUGAUCAAGAAAGGUGGUAGUGAGGCUCUGCUGACUGCACUGGUUAAAUAUGGCCACACUUUCAGUCCCAACUACACUAUACUCAUACCACUCCUGCACCUGCUAGCUAAAGUUGGACACAAAGACCGUCGUAUUGGUAUGAAAGCAGAAGAGGCAGGUGCAGUGCUGCUGACUCUGAAUCUGCUGAAACACAAUGGCCAGCAUGCCAGGAGAACUGCUGCCUGCCUCUGGGUGAUCCAAGUCUUCUGUUCAUCAGUUUCUACAGCAAACCUCAUAGGAGAAAACCAUGGACUGGAUGUCAUCUACCGCCUCAUUCCUCAAUACACAACCAAGCAUCUGCAUGCUAUUAAGGCAGCCAUUAAUGCCUUUUCUGCUCUGCUGUGCACAAAGGCAAAUGUUUGUUCUGCGGUAUCUAAAGAAUACAUCUCUGGCUUCUUGUGGCUUUAUGAGGACUGGCAUAGCAAAGAUAACCAAGAUGUUGCCAUAGCAAUCCGUCAUGCGCUCCUGUGCUGCCUCCUUAAGGCCACUGACAGCACUGCAGGCAGGCAGGCUUUUCUAUCCCAGGGAGGUAUCAGACUCCUAUAUCAAACUGCACAGACAUGUUUAUUAAGCAAAAAUCUGGAGUGUUUGGUGGAGCCAUCCGUGCAGCUGAUGAGGAAGUGUCUUCCUAGAAUUCCUCUACCAGUCACAUCAGAUCAGUCUGCAUAUAGCUUUCUCCUGCCUGGUACACCUGCUUUCACGGAUGUUAGUGAGACACCAGAUGAGAGCAGUGAUGAGAGCGAUGCUGAAGAAGCUGAAGAUAACCAUGAGGCCAACAACAGAGACUAUGAUGAUGACUUGGAGACUGACCUAAACAAACUUCGUCUUCCUCCUGACCCUGACAGACCUAAAGAGCUGCUUACACAGUACAGCUGCUUUUGUCCUGAGCUGUCACAUGAUUUCCAGGAGCUGGAUCUGAGUUCAGAGACAGGGGAUAGUUCAACAGCAUCAUCAUCAUCAGAUGAUGAGGUAGUGCUGCUUAACAAGGACAGGACAAAGACUACUGCAAGUCGAGAUUCCUCUACCUCUGAUGGUUCUUACUCAGAGAUGGAAAUAUCCAGUAGAGACAUGCCAGCUGCUGCCCAUUUAGAAGCGUGUGAUUUCCACAGUCACAGCAGCAUCCUGGGCACAAGCCCUGGGUUCAGGACCAUGGUUAGAGGGGCAAUGGGAGAAGCCUCCCCAUGUCAGAGAGAAGAUGAGCAAGAUAAUGAAGAAGAUGGAACAGAAGAAUUUUAUCAUCAUACAAUAAUAGACAGGUUACUGGAGCGGCACGGAGCCGGUAUUCCCCACCACGAUCCCAAGCUAUAUUGUGCUGUAGCUUCCAAAACCAAAUCCAUUCCAGAUUUUAGCAUCCUGGCCUUUCCUGAUUUCUGGGGUCAUCUUCCACCACCAGGACAUCAACCCAUGGCCCCACGCAAACCCAACAUACAGAGACAGAAAGUGUUUGAAGAUAUUCAGCGUUUUCUGAAAACUGAUGACAUCAUUAACCAUGUUGUCUUUGACCUCGAAGAUAGCAAUCUUCAGUGUCACUCUGAUUCUUUGAGGUUUUUUUCCAAGUUUGAAUCUGGGAAUCUGAGAAAGGCUGUUCAGGUCCGCAGAUAUGAAUAUGACCUCAUAUUGAAUCCAGAUGUUAACUCUUCUCAGCAUACCCAGUGGUUUUACUUUGAAGUUAGUAACAUGGCAGCCGAUGUCCCAUACCGUUUUAAUGUCAUCAACUGUGAGAAGAGCAACAGCCAGUUCAACUAUGGAAUGCAGCCGGUCCUGUACUCAGUAAAAGAAGCCCUGGAAGGUAGACCACACUGGAUCAGUACUGGAACGGAAAUUUGUUAUUUCAGAAACAACUUUUGUCCAGCACAGGGCAGAAGGAGAACUACCUUUUACACCCUGACCUUUACCAUCACCUUCAAACACAGUGAGGAUGUCUGCUACCUGGCCUACCAUUAUCCCUACACAUAUUCUGCUCUGAUGGCUCACUUGAAAAUACUGCAGAAAUCAGUGGAUCCGGCCAAGGUGUUUUUCAAGCAGCAGACUCUUUGUAGCACUUUGGCUGGAAACUCCUGUCCAAUAGUUACCAUCACUGCCUGUCCAGUCAGCAGAAGGUGGAAAGACCUGCACCAGAUGCGUAAUCGCCCCUAUAUUGUACUGACCAGCCGUGUGCAUCCUGGUGAGUCCAAUGCCAGCUGGGUGAUGAAGGGCACUUUGGAGUUUCUGUGCAGCAAUGACCUGGUGGCCCAGAGUCUCAGGGAGGCCUUCGUCUUUAAGAUCAUCCCCAUGCUCAACCCAGAUGGAGUCAUCAAUGGCACAAAUCGCUGUGACCUGAACAGCAAAGAUCUGAAUCGUCAGUGGAGUAAACCAGACCCUCUUCUGAGUCCAACCAUCUACCACACCAAAGGCUUUCUCUACUACCUCAACAUUAUAGGACGGACUCCAGUGGUUUUCUGUGACUACCAUGGCCACUCUCGAAAAAAGAAUGUGUUCCUGUAUGGCUGCAGCAUUAAGGAGACUCUCUGGCAGUCUGGCUCUGCAGUUGACACUGUAGGAUUGAAAGAGGAUCCUGGAUAUAGGACCAUUCCAAAGACCUUGGAUCGUAUUGCACCGACCUUUUCUUUCAACAGCUGCAACUUUUUGGUAGAGAAGUCUCGCUCUGCUACAGCCAGAGUGGUUGUCUGGAGGGAAAUGGGAGUUCUGAGAAGUUAUACUUUGGAGAAUACUUACAAUGGCUGCAACCAGGGAAUAUACAAGGGGCUGCAGACAGGAACCCAGGAGCACCAGGAAAUGGGGAUGAAGUUCUGCCACAGUCUGUUGUCUGUAACCAAAGACACAAGGAUUCUAUACAGCAGGAAACUCAUCAACCAUAUUGACCUGGACCACAACAUGCUGGACCACAAGUCUCACAACUGUUUUGAAGACGAUGAGCCUCCGUGUGCUGAGGAGAUCGAGUACUCUGGUGGCUGUCCCACACUUAAAGGCAGUGAUUUGGAUUCAGACAUUGACAGCAACAUGGCCCAUGUUGAUGAUGAUGACAAAGAGCACAGUGCUCAAAAACAUCAGCAAGACAGCAUCAGUCAGUCUCAGCAGUCAAGCAUAAAGAACCACCUGUUUCCUCCACAAACAGCCAUCCGUUGAUACACCUAGUGAGAGAAGAGACUUGCGUAAUGGUUUGAGGAUUUCAAAAUGAUAACUCACAAGUUUAAAGGUUUUUUUUUAAUAAUUUACUUUCUUAACGAUAGUAAGAGAGCAUCAGCUAAUAUGAGCUGUAGUCCUUUAAACACAGCAGACUGUUCUGGAUGAAAAUAAUAAUACUUGGGUUUGUAAUUCAAAACCAGCUUAACUAGAAUGUAUUACUAAAGACUGAAAAUACCAGGCAUGUGAUCAAUACUUCAUAACAGACUUUAACAUAAACAUGUAUAGCCAAGUACAGCCAUGACUUAAAGACUGGCUGUUUUACUUAGACCUAAAUUUUCAGGAAAGGAAUCUCAUAACUCCACCAGUUAUGAGAUGAAAUGACAAUAGUUUCAAUGAAUGAUGGAUUAAAACCAGUUCUUAUUGAAUAUUUAUGUAUGUAAAAGGUCAUCAGCAUAGUCUUAAUGAUACUGAUAACAUCACCAGUGAACAAAAAUGCAUGCUAUAACGAAUGAAAAAUGCAACUAUAACAGUGAUCUGCAUUUUGUCUGUCUUUGUCAUUGGGUGAAAAUAAUUUCGUGUUAGCCUUUUUAGUUAAUAUCUACAACAUCAGUUUAGUGUUCCAGCAUCUUAUUGUGACUGGCUUUUUUCUGUCUGUACUACUGCAGGCACUACUUUGAUUAUUAGUAGGUAAUUAGCAAACUGAAACAAACUUGAUUGUUGCUGUGUAAAACUUUUAAAUCAACUUAGUUGUAUUAAUUACAUGAAAUACUGGGGACUGGUACUUAUCUUUCCUCUUCUGUAUCUUUGCAGAAAGAACAAAAACAAAAACAGGUGAAUAGGUUUAACCUGCUUGGAGGAAAGAAUUCGGCAUGUUUCCCAAAAUGUUCUCACCAAAAUGUCAAGUUCAAAUGUUAUGCUGUAUGUUAUAGACUUAAAAUGUGUAAACUGUAAGGCAAGGGGUGGUAUUUGGCUUCUGAGUAAAUAUCAGCGAUUUACUUUACAAUUAAUAUCCUGCCAAGAACACAUCCUGUACACAACUCCAUGUUUUAUCUUUUCAAGUUUCAUUACAAACAAAUCUCAUAAAAGGUCAAAGAAACUCUGAUGACUGAUGGUGCAUUUAUUCAGAAGAACAUUAAUAUUGACUGUAAUAUCAUCACAGAACUGCAACUACGCUGCCUUUACAGCAGUUGUAGUUUGUUUUGUAAUCCACAAAGGCACAAUGCUGCUCUCAAGCGUCAUGUAUGAAAUUAUAAAUGUUAACAUUUUCCAGAAAGAAUUUUUUUCCCAACAUUUUUUGCUUAAACAAGCCUAUGCUGAUGGAAUCUAAAAUUUCUGAAAGUACAUGAGUUUUUUUUUACCCAGUAGGUUAGCCUUUUAGCCUAAAUUUGUGCAAGUGUACGAUAAAUGAUAUAGUUUAUACAUUUAUACAGUUUGGGGAUUCCAUGGAUGGAGGAUCCGAACACAGAGCACACAGGGAACACAAUAAAGCCCCAAAUCCAAAUCUUAAAUCCAAAAGUAGACAUCCAAGUAAAAGCAAACAAGCAAAUAAAUUCAGCAAAGCUAGGGAAAGGCAAAAUCUAAAAAUACUCCAAAGAUUAUAGAUGAGAAGCUUGGAAGUCAGAACAAGGUAAAAUAGAAAGAACAUACAAGGUCUCUUUGUUUACAUUGUACUGUAUAUACUGCACAUGUUGUACUGCUGUGAGUACUCCUGCUAUUUUUAACUCUUUUAACUCCAUUUUGACUGCCUCCAGUCAUUUUGCACCUUUAAAUCACACUGGAUCUUUUCCACUUUGAAGAAACAAUUUGAACUUUAGAAUUUUAUUGUGAAAAGAGGAUCACCCGCAGGAAGUCAAAUCAGUUGAUAUCCAUCCAUUUGAGCUCAAGUUUGAAAUUGCUGAUGCAAAAUACAAGUGGUCAAAACUGCGCUUGCAGGAGAUGAAUAAGCAGCAAUGCCAGAAGUGGUCAAAAAGUUUACAGGGAGAUUUUUAAUUUAAUUAUUGGUUAUGGGCAAAGUUAGGUGGGAGAAGUAGAAGAAGCUUUUAUCACACCUAAAUCCCAUUCCUCCUCCCAGCUGUGAAUUCUUUUUCUGCCAUGAGACAGGGCAUCUCAUUGCCCACUGUCCCUAUCUCCAGUGCAAAGAGCAAAAGUUGCCAACUUUUUUUUCAAAAGGUUCUGUAUUUUUGAUGGGCAAAGAGGAGGCUUGUGUUCUGAUUAUGGUUUUGCAUGAUAUUGGAGCCAUCAGCCCGACUCUUCUGGAUAGGGGAGAAGAUGUUGAGCUAAUAGUAAUGUGGGCGGAUGUCUCUCCACUCUGCAGUGGUUGGUUGCAUCAGUGGAGGUGAUGAGCCAGAGUAGUGGGCUGUGGUAGACUCCUUUGUCAUGUGGUGCUGAAGACGUUUUUUUGUUUUUGAAGCCCUUCAGUCUCAGAUGCCGUCUGACGGUUAUGGGACUGCAGUCAGCACCAGUAACGGCCUUAAUUUGGGUUGAGGAUCGUCCAGUGUCUUGACAGACGGCCAAUUGGAUCCUCCGGCUCAGUGCUGAUGAAUUUUUCUGGGGUCUUCCACUUGACGUUUUUGUUCCAUAACCCUCAGGAACAUUUAAGAAAUUCCAAAUGACUGUCACACUGCGUCCCACCUCAGCAGCGAUGGCGUGCUGCAAGCUUAUGCAGUUCAACAACCCGACCAUGUUCAAAAAGGGAACGUUUUUGUGCCUUUGCCAUCAAAACGUCAUGACAGUGUGACAGAAAUUGACAAUGUGGUUCUAAAUUUUUGAUCAGCUGUAAAACAGCCUGUUUCAGUUUAAGCAUUAUUUUCAAUAAAUUACAUGCUCAAAAGACUGUUUUGUCUCACUCCCAAAAUAGGAUUUUUUGCCAUUGAUCGGGACUGUAGGGUGUACUGAUUUUUCUGACAUGCUCUUACACAUGUUCAAGACUCCGGCAUAGUCAAGAUACAUCCCUGUUUGAAUAUAUCCAUCAUAUCUACAUCCCAAGACCCUCAAAACGACUACCAGAUGUGUGUUAGCACAAGUACAAACAUCUGCUAUUUCAAUGUG